GCCAUAAUGCCAUGUACAGUAUGCAUAAUAUAUGCUGAAGGCCUGUAUUGUCACAUGUUCAAUCUUUCUCUCACAUGACCAACUUGUUUGGCCCCGUGACUAGCGCUAGAAAUCCUGAUUCGUUUUUGCUUUCCCACACGUUUUAACCACAUGGAUGUUCUCGAUCAUACACUAGAUCAAGGACCACAAGACAAGGACAAAGAUUUAGACGAAGAGGUUACAGUACAUCUAACAGCAGAUGGAGAUCAGGUUGUUACAGACCCCAGUGGAGAGGGGCCAUUUGCUGAGAAUAUCCAGUAUCAGUUCCGUACUGACAGCAAUGGACAGAGUCAGGUAACAUACCGAGUGGUUCAGGUAGGAGAUACUGAAUCCAAUCCGCAAGCCGUUGUGACGACAUUCCCCCAGGGACAACAAGCUUUGACACAGGUCAUCCAGGGGUCGUUCAAUGGAGAGAGUCCGACGAGUGAAAGUCAGGGAGGAGAGACAAGGUUCACCUAUUUUCCUGCUGCAUCGGCGAUGGGUGGCGAUGGUGGAGGGACGGCUAGCGGUGGUGAACAACCUGGGAUCGCUGCACAGCCAACAGGUUCUUCAGGUGGUCAGUUUUACGUGAUGAUGUCACCCCAAGAUGUCCUACAAGGAGCAUCACAGAGAACCAUUGCACCAAGGACACACCAGUUCAAUGCGAAGGUGGACAGUGCAAGAACAGUGCGAGAUGAGAGGAGGAGAGCCACGCACAAUGAGGUAGAAAGAAGAAGGAGAGAUAAAAUCAACAAUUGGAUUGUCAAACUAUCCAAAAUCAUCCCAGAUUGCAACAUAGAUCAUUCCAAACAAGGCCAGAGUAAAGGCGGUAUCCUCUCAAAGACAUGUGAUUAUAUCCAGGAGCUAAGGCAGUCUAAUACACGCAUGGCCGAGAGUCUGAAGGACACAGAGAGACUCUCCGUCGACAUUGAACUCAUGAGGCAACAGCUCGAAGAACUCAAAGGAGAGAACGCCCUCUUGAGAGCACAGUUACAACAGGCGGGAAUCGAUCCGACAGGAAGUUCAAAUUGAGAGACAUUUUUUUUUUUUUUGAAGUCAGUAGGGGCGUCAGCUUUCAUAGGGUGUUGAUAAGUAUUCGCUGAAGCCAGACUUUGUGCAAAAGCAUUGGAAAUACCUGUAACAGGGAUAUCUUUGGGAACAGCAAACUUGAGUGUACCACUGAGAAAGUGGGUAAUUUCAAGUCAGGUGUUGGCCUUGGUGUUGAAAUUUGGAUGGCUUCCCCUAGCUUCAAAGCCUAUUCCGAGUUUGUAAAACUGAUCCAGAUCACAUUAUUGACAUCUCAACAACUAGUGAGUGACUUUUCAGGACCAUCUUCAUUCUAUGUUUGGUGUUAUAAUCGUGUAAAAAUUGACCUAAUACCAACACCAAAAGGUCAACACUGAACUUGAAAUCACCCAUUCUUCAGCUAGCCUGAUUAGCCUCAAGCAACUGUCUUGCUGGGGAAUAGUGAAAUAAUGUCUUUACCAUGAGGCAUUUUCAAGUAGAAUUGCAUUACGAUUGCUAGUCAUAAAUCUCAAUCUACCUUUGUUCAACCGCAUGUGACUUAUAUCCAAACGGUGUCAAUUUACCAAUGAAAGCUGAUGCCCCUCAGACUUCAAAGUUUUCAUUUUUCUCUCUCCAUUUUUGAGAAUAUUUUUCCAAGUCAGGACAUGUUUGUAUAUUGGAGACACUUUCAGACUCAGCCAAUUUGGUUAUUUUUGUAUUCGUAGUGGUAGAGUAGGCUUCUUCACUGGCGCCUAUGAGUUUGUGCUGGAAAAAAACAUUUGGUUGCUUUAUCAAAGCUUCAGCUGCAGUGUGGGCCUUGUUACACGAAGCUUAGCGACUGAUCGUUAGGUUGAUUUCUACCAUUGAUUACAUUGGUUAUUAUGUAUGAUCAAUCUUAAAGUCGGCCUAUGAUCAAUUGAUAAGUUUUGUGAUACAGGGCCCUGGACACAUGUCUAUCAAUAUUGACUAAACUUUUUAGCUCCAAGAAUUUAUUUUAGUUUUCAUAUCGUCACACAGCAAAGACGUCUGUCCGUGGUUUGCGCCUUCCAUUUGGGUACAGUAGCAUAAAGUUGCCUAGAAUCAAUUCCAAAUCAAUCCUCACACUCAAGUGUGUAGACAAUGUUGGUUCUCUGAAAAUGGAAAAUUUUCCUGGUAAUUUUGUUUCCAUGGUCAAAUGCAGCAAUGUCAUAAAUUUAGAAAGAAACUUCAUAGAGUUCAUAUGUCAGUAGAUAGAACAGACAUAUUUUCUGAGCAGUGAAUCAGUAAAACCAAGGCAAGUUAUACAAGAGACCAGGGUCCCGUAACACAAAUGUUAGCGAUUGAUCGCUAAUUUCAAAAGAAUAGUUCUGAUUGGUUCAAAGUCAGUCUACUUAGCAAAUUGUGCAUGCAACGAGGAUCUUGAUUGGUCAUUUCAUUGAGCCAUUAAUCGCUAACCUUUGUAUUACGGAGCCCUGAAGUGUUGACUUUGCCCGUCUUGAAUUGCCCAUAUAUCAUUCUACUUGUAAUACCACAGACCCCUUGUGUCCUAAUCAUAAAAAUGUUACUAUUUGACUAAAAUUUUGUGUGAAAACCUAGCAGAAUUAUCACACAUUGAUCUUUUCAGGAAAAUGGGAUUAUACAAAUGAUAUUUUUACCAGCUUUUGUGCCAGUUUUUCUAUACCCAUUGCUUAAACUGAGCUUAGUCCAAAAAAAAAUUGUGGAUUGAAUUGUCGCUUACUCAUAUUUGCUUCUUUUUACUGGCCAUAUCCAUAUCAAAUUUCAUAUGAAGUUGGAUUUCGGGCAGGGCACUUGAAAAUGCACAUUCACAAUAUUAGAUUUACCUCGCCUCUUUGCAUCUCAGAUGUUUUCAAAUUUGAUUUUCCCUUUAAAGAUACCAUACAGUAGUCACCACUUAUACGUUAAAUAUAUUUGCUUCCAAUUUUGUUAUUUAACAUUCUUUUUUUUCUUUAUCCUUUGAAAAAUCUGUCAUUUUGAUCUAUUUAAUACUAGAAAAUAAUACUUCACUGCUGGACCAGUGAUAGAUCAGUUCUAACUUUCAUAAACCGAGAAAUAAACUUGUAGAUAUGAAAAAUGUUGAUGUGUUUUGCUGUUUAACCUGAUUGCAUGCAUAGUUUUGUGCUUUGUAAAAAAAGAAAGGCAAGACUCUUUAUUAUAAACAUUUCAUACAGUUGUUUCAUAUACUAGUAGUGUGG